UUUAUUAGGUUGAAAGUGCAAUUAUAAAAGUAGAAUUGAACAAAAUUUGGUGAGGUGCAUAUUAGGGUUUAACGUGGAGGCCGAAAGUAUAGAGAAAGCAUCACAUAUCAGAGCAGAGGGGAGGUAGAGAGAGAAUGGGGAAGAAGAAAUCAAAGAGUUCUAGGAAAGGGAAGAAAGAAUGGAGAGCCAACAUUAGUACUGAGGAUAUUGAAGAUUUCUUUGAUAAUUCCACUAAAGAUGCUCUUUCUGGCGGUUCUCUCGCUCAACUUCCCAGUGAUUCUCUCUUUUACGUCGACAAAUCCACUGAUCUUUCUGUUAAACGGAAAAUUGACAAAAAGCGGGAGAAAGUACUUCGAUAUGAAAGUAUGCUACAAAGGAAUGCCUUUGUUGAAGCUGUACCUUCUUCAACUGUGAAAAAGUCCAAGAAGAAAAGUAAAGAAGUUCAGAUAGCCAAAGAUACUGCUCAACCGGGUAAAAAGGAUCUGGCUGGUGGAGACUCUGGCAUGGUUGACAUUUGGGAUGAUAAAGGUGAACUGGUCAUCAAAACCAAAAAGGUAGACUGUUUUCUCCUUCCCAUAUUUGAAUGUUUUAAUCCCCACCAUAAUUUUGGUGUCCUUAUACAUGAAAAACAUAUUUGAAAAAUCAGCUGAAUUUUGUCCUUAUAAGUUGUGAUGCAAUAUCUGCUAUAGGUUUUAUUAGUGUAGCCUGCCUUUUUCUAACUAUGUUCGUGAUUGAUGCAUAGUUGAUUAAUUGAUUGAUUCAGGCAUUCAGCUAGUUUCCUGUUCACUCAACACAUUCUCAACACUUUAUUUGACGAAUUAGAUUAUGCAGAUACAAUAAUCUGCAACAGAUACAAGGUUUCAUCGAAAAAGAUAACAGGCAUCCAAAAAGAAAAUCUAACUUGGAUUGUUUUUCAUUUUGCUCAUUCCUCGACUUGGCAGUUUGAAAUCCUUCCUUUCAGCAUCAUUGAUGCUCUAGGCUGUCUAAAGAUCUUGAUCAAAAACUGUGAUGCUUUUUUGGAUUGGGGUUGCAUUUUAGGGAUUUGGUUUACUGUACUUUCAGCGGCUGGGUUGGGUUGGGUUGGGUUGGGUUGGGUUGGGUGGUGACACAAGCUCGUUUUGGUUGCAUUACUAAGAUGUUAUAAAAUCAGGAUUAAAACAACUAAAAUGACCAAAAUAACUGUCAUUUAGUAAGCCAUUAUCUAAAAUUAAACAAAACACAUUUAAUCCUGCAAUAUAAUUCAUGCUUUAUUAAUCCCUGCAUUACAAUCCUUGUAUUUCUAUCCCUAAGAUACAAUCCCUGCACAACUUGUCUCUAAACCAAAUGACCUCUUGGUGCAUAUUGUUUGUACCUCC